GCUUCUUCCACACGCUACUCGCUAAAUCUAGGGUUCGAAAUCCCCGCCAUUUCAGAACCCUGUUCACACGAAUCCCGCGCGAAUGGAGAAGGAAGAAGAUAAUGAGCAGUGUCCGAAGGUUGCCAACCGCAGUUCCGGCUUGAUUUCUGAUAGAAAGUCUCUUAGCAACGCCGGCGCUGGGUCCCAAAAUGGGGGCGACGACUGUAGCUCUAUGUCGACAAAGAAUCCGCAGGGUGCAGCGAAGUUCAUAUCCUCGGUUGCCGCGAAAAUGGUGGCUCAGCCGAUUUCGUUUGCUGAUCCCCUUGUUUGGGGCGUGCUCACUGCUAUAUCGGAUAAAGCACGCAAGCGCAACCAGGGCAUGCAUUUGCUUUUGACUAAAGAUGAACACUGCAUCGGUCGGCUGGUAGAUGAUUCUCGGUUCCAGAUUUUGGAAACUGCAGUUAGUGGUAGCCAUUGUAAAAUUUUUCGGACGAAAGUUACUACUGAAGAUGCAGAACCUUUAUCAGACAAUUUUUCUGUGUUUUUGAAGGAUACUAGCACAAACGGGUCAUUUUUGAACUGGAAAAAGUUGACCAAGAGUGGCUCUGAGGAAAAGCUGAACCAUGGAGACAUUAUCUCACUACCAUAUGCUCCACACCAUGCUCUUGCAUAUGCAUUUGUCUAUCGUGAAGUUCAAAAGUCCUCUUGUAUACCUGAUGAUGGAUCUCUAAAGAGGAAAUCAGAACAAGGUGGCACUGAAAGCAAGAGGUUGAAAGGAAUUGGCAUCGGAGCUUCUGAAGGUCCAAUUUCUCUGGAUGAUUUCAGGAGCCUUCAACGAUCAAACAAGGAACUGAGAAAAUCUCUGGAAAAUCAGGUUGCGACUGUUGAAUCCUUGCGCAGUGAUAGUCGUGCUGCAAUCGAGAAACAUGCAAUUGAAAUGAGAGAGUUAAAAGAAUCAGUUUCAAAAUCUUAUCAUGAUCAACUCAUUGAGCUGAAACAGUCUUUGGAGGCUAAAGAAAAGGAACUAUCGGAGCUCAAUAGAGUAUUGGCUGAGCAAAAACAUGGGAUCGAGGACCUUACAGAAAGACUUAGUGCAUCAACGCAAUCAUGUCAUGAAGCAAAUGAAAUAAUUAAUAGCCAGAAGGCCUCUAUAUCUGAACUGAAGGUUUUAUUAGAUGAAGAGCGUGAUCAAAGGAGAGAAGAGCGUGACAAGGCUUCUGCAGACAUGAAAAUGGCUAUACACCGGGUUCAAGCUGAGGCUGCAGAGGAAAUAAAACAGCUCUCCGAUAGUGCUUUAAGACGUGAGAAUGAAUUGCAAGAAAUGAUACAUAAACUUCAGGAAGUAGAAAAGGAAAGGUGUUCGCUGGUCGAAGUUUUGAGGUCCAAAUUGGAGGAUACAAGACAAAAGUUGGUCAAUUCCGAAUACAAAGUCCGUUUACUGGAGGGUCAAAUACACCAGGAGCAGCAAGCUUCUACCUGUAGUAGAAAAAGGGUUGAAGAACUUGAGCACGAACGGAAAAUGCUGGAGAAAGAACUUGAGAAUGAAAAGCAGGCUGCAAGGGAAGAAGCAUGGGCAAAGGUAUCUGCUCUUGAGCUCGAGAUCAGUGCUGCAAUGCGAGAUCUUGAUUUCGAAAGGCGCAGGCUAAAAGGUGCUAGGGAAAGAAUUAUGCUUCGUGAAACUCAGCUCCGCGCAUUCUAUUCCACGACAGAGGAGAUAUCAGUUUUGUUCGCCAAACAGCAGGAACAACUCAAGUCGAUGCAAAAGACCCUCGAGGAUGAAGAGAAUUAUGAGAAUACCUCAAUAGACAUCGAUCUGAAUGCUGAUUACAAUCAAAACAGGUCAGCAGUUAGAGGUGAGGAAAAGGAUCAUCAAAGCAAGAGCAUUGCCAAGGCCGGAUCUGGCAGCCAAAACAUGAACCAGUCAUCGAGCGACGCAGCAAGUGCAACAGAGAAGCAUGACUGCAACUCCAAAAGCCAAGACAAUAAUGAUGAUACACAAGAGGUAGAAUUUAAUGGUGGCUUUGGCUCCGAUGUCAAUGGUGUCGGCACAGCACCCAUUUUGGCUGGGGAAACUGUUGGGACCGAGCAAGUGCCUGAUACAGAGGUUGUUGGCGCCCGACUCGAAGCCACAUCACAUUCUCAUCUGUCACUGCUCGCGGAUGUGGUGUCAUCCCAGAAUUUGGAAGGAGAUGGUGAAACCGAACAAGUGUUGGAGACUCAAGGCCUUGGGGUAAAGAUCGACAAUACUAUAGAUUUGAACAAAUUUGAUACUCCGGCUAUGGAUGAAAUGCAGGUCGACAGCACCAGCCCAGUACGUCUCAACACCAACAACUUUGGACUGCAUCAGUUCGGAGAUGAUGAUACAAUGGAAGCUGAUGAUAACUCUGUCGCCCCGGAAAAAGCUCCGGAAGAUGCUCAACCACUUUAUCCCGACACAGCGCAUAAUUCACAAUCAAAUCGCGCCCCCGAGGCUCAGGAUGCAAUGGAAGACACAGAAGAUGGAAAAACUAUCAAAACUUGCGAUCUUCUGGCUUCAGAAGUUGCCGGUAGCUGGGCUUGCAGCACGGCUCCCUCAGUCCAUGGCGAGAACAAUGGUGAGACUGUACCUGCCCAUGAUUCUGGCAGUGUGGUUGCAGAGAGCCAGCACGUCCCAUCAUCAACCAAUUCAGAAGCUGCUGCUAGGCGUAAACGAGAGCGCGAAGCGUUGAGUGAGAUGAUAGGCAUUGUAGCUCCCGAGCUGAAGGAGCAGUUCAGCUGUGCUGUUGGAAGUGAUAACCGGAGUUGGGACAAGAGGGACACAGCCACUGCGACAGCCUCAAACUCAGACACCGAAGACUGCAGUGAUAAAGAUAACAUCGAAGCCUCCGAUGCUGAGGCAGUUGACAGCCACAGGUUGUCUGAUGGUGAACACAGCGACGACGAGGAUGCCCAGGAGGAUUCUGAGUCGACUAGUUCAGAAUAGAUAUGUACAUGAAAUUUUGUAAGAAGCAGCAGCAGCAUCUUUGUUUGGAGUGCUGUAGUAUAUAUAAAGGUUAUAUAUGAUGCUUUCUUAGAUUUUAAGUUAUAUUCUCCUGCCCAAAUUCUUGUUUUGUAUAUAAAGACUCGCCACGAUGUGAAUAUUUGGUGAAGCAAUUUAUUUGUCUGGAAUUUUUAA